UCUCAUCUUUCUGAGAGGAGGUAGUUUUGCAAAUUGGAGCAAGGCGCCCCCUAAAGUUAGGUUUUUGUCUUCCCACAAGACCUGUGAGAUAGAUAGGGACGCUAUCUCCCUUGAUCUUUGCAUUUCAAAAAGAUGACUCCCAGCUUUCUGAAGAAACAUUCCUGAGUUGUGAGACUGGCAAGAGGCUUAUAUAGCCAUUAUAAAUAUUUAAAUACAUUUUGAAGAGAUGGAGAAAGAAAUUCUGCAAGAAAAGGGAGAGGGGGAGAAGUCUCUUCCUUUAUUUUGAAUAAGGAGAAUUAAAUCCCGUUUUUAAUUUGUAUUUGCGUAAAUUAUGUGGAGGAUAACUGGAAGUAACUUGAAAGCCUGAGGGGUCUUGACAGCGACAGCAACUGCGAAUCCAGCAGAAGGAGGAGAAGAUGGACAAGGAGAAGGCCGGGCGACGGCGAGCUCCAUCCGAAAUUGUCACAGAAGGAAAAAGGAAAAAGUCUUCAUCUUCGGAGUUACAAAAGAUUGUUGUCAAGAAAAUGGAAAAUUCAAGUACACAAAAAGACCACCUGGAUUCAAUCAAAAUUAAUACUAAGAUAACAAAGAUGUUAAAUGCAAAACCAGAGGAUAUUUGUGUUCAGUCACCACUGUCCAAACUCAGACGCUCAGAACGCUGGGAUCUCCCUUUGCAGGGGUGGAAAAGAAGCCUAAGAAAUAAGGUCCUCUCUCUAGACCAUAAAAGUAAAAAAGGUGUACGUGGGCGUCCUGCCACUUCUAAGAUGUCACCAGAAAGGCAACUCAAAGUUAUGUUGACGAAUGUCCUAUGGACGGAUUUAGGACGGAAAUUCAGAAACACCCUACCUAGAAACGAUGCUAAUUUAUGUGAUGCCAACAAGGUGCAAUCAGACUCAUUGCCUUCGACAUCUGUUGAGAGCCUAGAGACAUGUCAAAAAUUAGAACCUCUUCACCAAAGCCUUAAUUUGUCUGAAAGGAUACCCAGAGUUAUAUUGACGAAUGUCCUGGGAACGGAGUUAGGAAGAAAAUACAUAAAGACCUCAUCUGUAACUGAGGCCAGUUUGGGUGAUACAGACAACUUGAAAUCAGAGCAGCUUUCUUCACCAUCUGAUGGCAGCCUAGAAUCUUGUCAAAAUAUAGAUCCUCACAAGAGCUCCUUUUUAUCUGAAAGGAGUUCACAACCAAGUAAGACAGUAGACAACAAUUAUGCAAAGCAGGCUGCAUACACCAAAGAAAAGCAAACAGAUGAUGAUGGCAUUUCUCUUGUAAUGUCUGAUACUCAGCCUAAAGAUCACAAUAGUAGAAGUCAAGGUUGUGAUCAUCUUGAAGAGGGGAGCAGAAACAAGGAUGAUGCAUAUUCUGAUUCAAAAAUGGAACCCACCCUGAAUUCCAGGAAGAGAAAGAAAAGGCUUAGAAGUAAUUUACCUGAUUCUCAUAAUUCUGCUUCUUUGUAUAAGUCAACAGAACAGACAAAAGAACAAGAAAAUGACCCAACAGUAUCCACUGAAUUUGAGAAGUCAAGUGAAAACUAUCAUGAAGACCCAAAACUACUUGAAGAAAUUACACUUGAACCUAUAGAAAGUGAUUUUACUAAACUAGCCUCAUUUCGUAGUCAGGAGUUGGCUUUGAGCACUGCUCCCAAAAUCACCUCUGACUGUUCAACCACUGAAACUUUUGUGAGUUCUAUUUCCACUGAUACUGUGGGGAAUUCUACCUUGGCUGAGAAGGAUGAGAAUGAAUUGAACACAAUAGAAAAACCUGUUUUGAGUGAACACAGUGAAGGGAACCAAUCGUUUAUCUCAGGUGAACCAAUUGUCGUCUCCAGUGAUGAAGAAGGACCUGUUGAGCAUAAAAGUUCAGAAAUUCUUAAAUUACAACCUAAGCAAGAUCAUGCUGUCACUAAUGAAAGCAGGAGUACUUCUGAGCCAGCAGUGUCAGAAGUACCAUUGAUUACAUGUGAAUCUGUACAGGCUUCAUCUGAAUUACGUCCAUAUAAUCCUGUCACGGAAAACAUUCCCUGUGUUACACCUAGUAAUGAGUUGGAUCUACAGCUGGAUUUUACAUUUACUUCUGUUUAUAUUGGUAAAAUAAAAGGAGCUUCUAAAGGUUGUGUUACAUUCACGACAAAAUAUAUUAAGAUCCCAUUUCAAGUGUCUCUGCAUGAGAUUUCAUUGCUAGUGGAUACCACACAUUUAAAGAGGUUUGGGUUAUGGAAAAGUAAAGAUAAUGAUCACAGUAAAAGAAGUCAUGCUAUCCUCUUUCUUUGGGUAUCCUCAAAUUAUCUUCAAGAGAUUCAGACCCAGUUAGAAAACUCUCUAUUAAGCCAGCAAUCAAAAUCCACUGAAUUCAUUUUCCUUGAGCUACAUAGUUUUAUUUCACAAAGAGAAGAAUUGAAAUUGAAAGAUAUUAUGACAGAAAUAAGUACAACCAAUGGAGAAUUAGAGCUUUCUUAUCCAUUGUCUUGGGUUCAGGCACUUCCUUUAUUUCAGAACCUCUCUUCAAAAGAAAGUUCUUUUAUUCAUUAUUACUGUGCUUCAACUUGUUCUUUCCCUGCUGCUGCUGCUGAAGAAAUGAAGAUGAAGUCAGUAUCUCAGCCCUCAAAUGCAGAUACAGCCAAGCCUACUUACACCUUACUGCAGAAGCAAAGUAGUGGUUGCUACUCACUUUCUAUUACAUCUAAUCCAGAUGAAGAAUGGCGAGAAGUCAGGCACACUGGACCUGUUCAGAAGUUGAUUGUGUAUCCUCCACCACCUACUAAAGGGGGUUUAGGAGUAACUAACGAAGAUCUGGAGUGCUUAGAAGAAGGAGAGUUUCUUAAUGACGUGAUCAUUGAUUUCUACCUUAAGUAUCUUAUAUUGGAGAAAGCAUCUGAUGAACUUGUUGAACGAAGUCACAUUUUUAGUAGCUUUUUCUAUAAAUGCUUGACAAGAAAGGAAAAUAAUUUAACAGAAGAUAAUCCAAAUCUUUCAAUGGCUCAGAGAAGACAUAAAAGAGUAAGAACAUGGACUCGUCACAUAAACAUCUUUAAUAAAGAUUAUAUCUUUGUGCCUGUAAAUGAGUCGUCUCACUGGUAUCUUGCAGUCAUUUGUUUUCCAUGGUUAGAAGAAGCUGUGUAUGAAGAUUUUCCACAAACUAUAUCCCAGCACUCCCAGGCUCAGCAAUCCCAACAUGACAAUAAAACAAUAGAUAAUGAUCUACAUACUACUUCAGCACUGUCCUUGGGUACGGAGGAUUCCCAAAGUCCUGAGAUGAAUACAUCAGUACCAAAGAAAAUGUGUAAAAGGCCGUGUAUUCUCAUUCUAGACUCCUUAAAAGCUGCUUCCAUGCAAAACACAGUUCAGAAUUUACGAGAGUAUUUAGAGGUAGAGUGGGAAGUUAAACGAAAAACUCAUCGUGAAUUCAGCAAAACAAACAUGGUGGACCUGUGCCCUAAAGUUCCUAAACAAGAUAACAGCAGUGAUUGUGGGGUGUAUUUACUGCAAUAUGUGGAAAGCUUCUUUAAGGAUCCUAUUGUUAACUUUGAACUUCCAAUUCAUUUGGAGAAAUGGUUUCCUCGUCAUGUAAUAAAGACCAAACGGGAAGAUAUUCGAGAGCUCAUUUUGAAACUUCAUUUACAGCAACAGAAGGGCAGCAAUAGCUAGUUAAUCUGUACAAACAUGACACAGAUGCUCUAUACGAUUACUGGAAAGCCGCUUACCAGCAUUUGUGUUAGCCAGCUCACAGAGAAGAAAAUAACUUGUAGUAGUUUUAUAAGUCAUUGUACAUUAUUUAAAAUAUAUAAGAUAUAUUAUUAGAAUUGUCGGGAUCACGUAGAUGGGAUGGAAAUAGGGGUGAUAUAGAGAAACUUAUUAGAAAUUAAAAUUUCAUAAAUAUUUGAUAUUUUUCUGAUUAAAUAUGCUUGGAUUAUGCAAUAGCGUAUGUAAUGUGGGAAUGUUUUUGUAGAUAAGAAAACUAUGUGAUCUGUACUUCCACAUAACUGGGAGUUGAAGGGAGGUAGGUCCUCCCUGGUGCCAGCCCCAGUGCUUGUCAAAUUUGACAAGUCACAUUAUAUUGUAAUUCUGUUCUUUGCAACUCAAGCAUGCAGUAUGAAUACUGUGUAUUUUUUUAAAAAGAAUUUUAGUAUCAAGGCUUCAGAAAAUGCCAUUUACGGCAUCCCUUCUGUAUAGUGUAAGAGAAGACAUGAUGUUAGGAAGGUAAUAAAAAUGCACUCUUUCAAAGCGCAGCUUAUUUUUCUCAGUUGCUAAAUGGAACCGUCACUCCGCUCUAAUUGUUAUUUGUUUUCCAUUUCUUUUGAUGUCAUGUGUAGGGAUUUGAGAGUUUAGUUCAUUCAGAGUGAAAUUCGGACACAAAGAAUUUAGCUAUCCAAAAUAGGUUUUUAAAACUGUAUAUGUAGUUCAGCUUAGUUUAUUUGAGGUAUAGCUAUAUAAAAAUUGAAUCCUAUCCUAUUCUGAUACCCAGAAUCUAUGUACACAGUUUCUUUUAAGUAUAGAAGAUAAAAUUGGUGUCUUCAUAACUUUAAUUAAAAAACUCCUCAAAGUCUUAUUUAUUGUUAGAGCUAAAUAUAUAAUUUUAUCGCUCCACUUACCCAGUAUUCAUCUGCAAAAGCCAGAUUGCUCUCAUUGCUUUUAAAUUUUAAAUCAUAACUUUUAGAGAUCUGUGACCCUCGUGGAGCAGAGUUUUUAUUAAAUGUUCAGGUAACAGUUCUGAAUUGAUGUGAUGAUGGUGGUAUUUCAUGUGAUUAAACGCUUCACAGCCUCCUUAUGCUGUCAGGAAUACUUUGAGAGGAUGAUUAUAUUGUAUUUUCUCAGACAAGAAAAAUGGUUUUUAAUAAUAUUAUUUUAAUGUUCUGCUUAAAGCAUCUCUUGGAUUUACAUUCUGUUUAAAGCAUCUCUUGUAUGUAAAGCAAUGAAGCAAAGGCAAUUUAAGAUGAGGCUAAAAGUCGGAACAUUUUAUUUAAAAAUUAUGUGAAUUGAAGUUGUGAGUUAAGCCUAGUGUCCUUAAGUUUCUGUUAAUCCUGUCACCAUCUUUAUAUUGUUAAAGAUGUUUGUCCUUUGGAGAUUUCUUAUAAAGGUGGUUAUAAUUACAUAUUUCAUUCCCAAUUUGUGUGUGUGUGGGAGGGGACUUUUUUAGAUUACUAUUAAUUAUUUUGUAUAUCUAAUUUUGGGAAAACAAGUAUAUAAUACAUUUUCUUGUGACUUCUUAACUUCUUUUGUUUGUAUGUUUUUCAAAGAUACCACUGUCCUUUAUCAUGUUUUGAAGAUUGUUUAAAACUCAUUUUCCUAAAUUAAUGUGGAAAUAAUACUUUGAGAAUAUCAACAUUUUAUAUUAAACAUGUUUUUAAUUCAUUAAA